GGUCGUUAAACAGCAUUUGCUAAGUACAGAAAUUCUUACAUUCAUUUCUCCUUCAGACGAAUGUUUCCACAAUGCAAAAUCAAAGUCUCUGGCUUAAUCCCAUAUGCCAAGUACCUCAUGCUGGUGGAUUUUGUGCCUGUGGACAACUUCAGGUACAAGUGGAAUAAAGAUCAGUGGGAAGUUGCUGGAAAAGCAGAGCCCCAGCUCCCUUGUCGCACCUAUGUCCACCCGGAUUCCCCAGCUCCUGGCAGCCACUGGAUGAAGGAACCUGUCUCUUUCCAGAAACUGAAGCUCACCAACAACACUCUGGAUCAACAUGGGCAUAUCAUCCUCCACUCCAUGCACCGUUACAAGCCUCGCUUCCACAUCGUGCAGGCAGACGACCUCUUCAGUGUUCGCUGGAGCAUCUUUCAAGUCUUCAGCUUCCCUGAGACUGUCUUCACUUCUGUUACAGCCUACCAGAAUGAGCAGAUCACAAAGCUGAAGAUUGACAACAAUCCAUUUGCUAAAGGUUUCCGGGAGCAUGGGAAGAAUACUCGAAGGGAAGGACGAGCCAAAUCCCAGAAGCCAAGUCCAGCCAAGGGCCAGAAGAGAAAACUCCCAGAGGAAAAGGAGUCUGGUGCUGAGGAACGUGAUUUUGAGAAAGAUGAGAAUGUGGAUGUGAAGGAAGAGAGUAACCCCAUCGUGGUCAGCAGUGGAUAUCCCUUCUGGAUCUCAGAGCAGAACAGCAGCCAUGCCUUUCCUGCAGCAUCACCAGUGCCAGCUGAACAGAGGGAGGGUCCAGCCAGGGAGCAGCAAGUGCCCACACCAUCCUACCAGACAUACCGGUUCCACGAAGCUGGGGACAGCCAGCAGCUCCCCAGCCGCGACGUCGCCGCCUUGAACGACUUCCGAGCGAGGUGCCACCCCUUGGAUCUCGCCUCAGUGCCUGAGCACGAUUCCAAACAGCUCCCAGAGGGCUUCACCAACCUGCCUCCACUGCCCCCACCUCUGCCCCCUCCCCAGGACUACACCGGAGUGGUGAACAUGGCUCUGGACUCAGUGGGGAAACCUGGAGCUCGAGCGCCCGUGUACAGUCCUUAUGGCACUGAGCAAGGCCUUGGGCAGUGGAUGGUGCCACCCCACAGCCAGUACAGGGCGAUGAGCUACUCAGCCUUCUCCACAGAUUACAACACACAAGGGGCUUCGGGACAUGCCCACGGGACCAUGGCAGAGUGGAGCCAGUACCCACUGUUCCCCUAUGCCUGCUGGUGAGCAGGGAGGAUCCUUCCCAAUGAAAAGACUGAAAGAAAAUUGUAAAUGAGAACAAAUUUGUUCUGGGGUGUUAACCUUGAAGCCUUGUUUAUAGAAGGCAAAGAGGCAUUGCUGCAGAUGGUGGCACGGGAUGCCUUCACUUCCUUGUCUCCUUGCACAACAACCCUCAUGGUACUUCACAAGCAGCAGCUACACUGCUAGCAGUCCCAGCUGUGUCAGGGCACGUCUGGCUCAAUCUGUGUGUGUUCUGCAGAGCUUUUUCUCCAGCAGGAAUAGGAAACCUCAGGAACUGUGAGAGCGGCAGUUAAAGAGCUGUCGACCUCUGUCCCAGGUGCUUGCGUUUGGCAGUUUCCAAAAUCCCUUCUUCCCAGGACAUGUGUGCAAGGAGAUAGGGGCUGAGGAGUUUCAGUAAGCCAGGCCAAGAAGCUGUAGGGGAUUUUUGCAAGAAUGAGCCAAAAAAGCAAUUCCAGUGACCCCUUGAGCGGGUUCAUCACUUAGUAUAGUCAAACUAAAGUCUUGCCUUCUCUUCCAGGAGCGUAUGACAGCAAAACAUGCAGUGGUACAUGUGGCUGUGGAUCAUGCAGGCAGGGAAGAGCUUGUCUUCUGCACGAGAACCAGCAGCAAGGCUCUGUGUUGUGUCUGUGUCCCUCAUGCCCACCCCUAUCCCAUCUUCCCUAGAUUCGAGGUUAGUGAAACACUUUUCUUUCUACUGGUGGUGGAGGGACAUUGUUCACAGAAUUCAGGGCUGCUCCAGGGCUCUCCAAAGGCCUGUGCUUGCCAGGAAUAGCAGUGCUGGCUUUGACACUCCAGCCUCCGUAUUUUGAAGGGAAAGAAGUCUUUCACUGUGAACUUCUUCUUCCACCCCCAGCCACCAGUGAGGAAUAUAAUUUAUAGCUGUUGUUGCUGUGCUACAAAAGCUUUGCCUAUAGAUGCUUCUGACCAGUCUUGUGUCAUUCAUCAGCCACAUACUUCAAAAUAAUGAACACCACAGGCACUGAACCACAUGCUGCACUGCUCCCUGAUGCAGUGCUGGGUGCCUCCUGGCUUCUCAGUGCCAUCUUCUUACAGGCUCAAGGAUCUGCUUCAGAGUCACUUCCACUGUCAGAACAGUUUGACCUUUGUUACUGCUGUGGUCCCCUCUCCUGGAGGAGCUGUGCUGUCAGUGAGCAGCCCAUGGCCCUGUGUGGCAGAGAGGGUUAGAAAGAGACAGUGUCCCUGCCUGCCAAGUCGCCCUGGCUGUGUGCUCCUUUUUGAGAUAGGCCUUUUGCUUCUGAGGGAGGACAGAAGUGUUCCGCACUGCUAUGCAGAGAACGUUGUCUUGUAACACUUCAAAUAAACUGCUCUGUAGUCCACAGCCAUCGGCGGGCAGUGAGGUGUGUGUGCCAGAUGGCGUUCUCUGCAUGCACUGUGCAGCAGUGUGUGUGAGCAGAGCAGGGCAGCUUUGUGACUGCUGGUGCAUCAAGAGUGGUGUGCAGGUGCAUGCUGCUCUGCCUGGGUGCCAGCCCUGCACAGCAUACGGUGUGGAACUGUGUUUAUUACUGUUAAAAUGACUUUGAAAACUAGCCCUGCACGUUUGUGAAACUCAGCUACAGUGACUGCUUCCUUAUUUAAGUAGAGUAUUGCUAAUUGGUCUGUACUGCAGUGAUGAUGCGUGCAGAGCAGCUGAGUGAGCAGAGGUGGUUGGUGAGGUUCCCCACAAUGAUCACUGCCAAGAAAACCUGAACUAACACCCCCUGGCUGGUUGGUUAGCUCUGCUUCUUUGUCUUUGGAGAGCUAGAUUGUAUUUCCCUCUGUCAUAGGCUGAUAGUGAGCAUGGCCAACUGAAGAGAACAGGCAGCACAGGGAAACCCAGGUGCCAGCAGGAUAGUGAGGUGCUGUAUCAGACAUCAACCUGGAUUUGGGAGAGCUGCAGUUGGUGGGGCUGGUUUGGCUGUGCAGGGUGAGCCUCAGCCUUGUGCAUAGGAUUGCUGUUAAUUACUGCCUGCUGUUGCAGCAGGACUCCUCGCCCUGCUUCCGUGAAUCACCCACCUUAUUAGCCGAGUACCUUUGCUUCCACUCUUCUGUCUCUGGUUAGAGGCUGCAGCUCUGCUGUUUGCUGAAGGCCUGACACACGUUGCCUGUAGCUGUGUGCUCUCUGUUGCCGCCGCCUCCCUUUGCAGCUUCCCCUGUCUUGUUUUCUUCAGCUGUGGCAUUUAAAAUCUGUAUGAGCUCGACUGAAAUACUGUUUUUGCACGCAUGUGAGAUAAUGUAAUGCGUCUCUGACAGCUUCAAUAAAAGGAAAUGAGACAUGCGGAAGGCAGGCCAUUAAGAGCAAUAAAAUAAACUCGAAAGUGUGGUUUUUUGUGCAUCUCUUUCAAGCACACUACUGGCUCCACUUCAAUCCUGUUACCUGGGGCCAGUUCCUACAUGACACAUGCUGUUGAUCUCAGUGUUCUUUGUUCUCUCAGUGUAUUCAGAGAGCCCCAGGUUGCCUGCUUGCAUUGCUAUAUAUGACUCAGUCUCUUGUACUAAUUCUUUGCUGCAAAUACUUUAUUUUCUAUACAUUUUUACUCCUCUUCUGCAGAGGAGUUACAUAAGGAUGAGAACAAAUGGACUCUAAAUGGGAUCUAGGUAAAUUUCCUAUGGGAAAUAAAGAUCCUGAUUUACA